UGCGGUUUGCCUGUGCUGUGCUGGGCGUGGCUUGUCCUUGAUGUUUUUGUUGCAUUGGUUGCAGUAGCAAAACAAAGCCAAUGUUACAAGCAGCUCUGUUUUAACCUGCGACUUCAUUAGAAAAUUCACUGAGGGUGUUUGCAUCACCUAAACUGUCAGGUUUGUGAAGCCCUUCGUACGGCAGGAAGGAGGAAGUGGUGUGCGUUUACUGUUGGCGAGGAAAAGAAAGUAAACUGCUCCACAGUGCUCUUCUGGAUCAGCGGGGGUGGAGGAGCGGGAGCUGGACGGGAUGUUUGCCCGGAAAAACAAGCGAGCAGCGGCGCCGAAAGGCCAAGGAGCAGCUGCAGCCAAACAGAUGGGAUUGUUGCUUGAUUUCAAGCCAGAUGAUAUGAUGGACAUGGAGCAAGAUCUGGAUGAUCCAGCUUUAGAAGCAGAAUUUGCUGCCAUUGUUGGGAAGAAACCCAAUGUGGCUCCCAGGGGGAAAAAGGCUGGUAAAGCUCCAUUACCGAUGGAGGAUAUUGCAAAAAUGGCGGAGGCUUGCAUGAAAGACAUUGAUGAUGAUGAAGAUGACAGUCUGGAGGAUGAUGAAGACCUCUUGGCUGAGCUGCAGGAAGUGGUUGAUGAGGAGGAAACGGAAGACUCAGGUACCGCAACCCCCGCCUCCCCCGUUAGUGCGGAAACCCCUUCAGCAGAACUGACGCCAGCCAGCCAGGACACUAAGGUUUCUUCAGUUCCUGGUAGCAUUGAGCACACGUUAGAGGAGAGAAUAAACCUGUAUAGGAUGGCUGUUACCAAUGCCAAAGCUGCAGGGGAAACCUCUAAAGCUCGGAGAUAUGAGAGAGGCCUCAAGACACUACAGACUAUGCUGGCAUCAGUACGGAAAGGAGGGAAGAUUGACGAAACAGAGAUUCCCCCUCCUGUUGCAGGUGGAGCAUCUGGUGGUCCCAGUCAGCCCCCUACCCCUGCAUCUUCACCUGAUCAGCUCGGGGAGUGUGACAGCGCUGUUGAGAUCUCCCCUGUCUCUGCAGAGGCUGCCCCUGUUGUUAUGGAUCCAGCUUCAAACACUAAAGACGAGUCCUCCAGUGUAACGUCUCCAGCUUCCCUGUCAUCUCCAGAAGGGGAAUAUGCAGCAAGUGGCACGGCAUUGCACUUAGCAGACUCGCCAGCGGGACAGCCCAAUAAAGACGUUCUGUUAGAGCGACAGAAGGAAUACAGGAUGGCAGCUCUCAAGGCCAAACAAGCGGGAGAUAUUGACCAAGCCAAAAUGCAUAUAAAGGCCAGCAAGGGAUUCGAUGCAGCCAUUGAGGCUUUGGAGAAAGGCCAGCCGGUGGACAUGAGCUCCCUUCCGCCCCCUCUGUCUCAAGCCUCUACAGGUACUCACCCUGCACUUCAAAAAGCUGUUACCUCACCUUCAGCUCCUGCAGACAGUGUUUCUGGCCCGGCUCAGCCCCAGACUGUUCUUGAAGCUCUGGAACAGAGGAUGGCCAAGUACAAAGAGGCCUUCACACAAGCUAAGGCCAGCGGAGAUGAGCGCAAAGCCCGCAUGCAUGACCGCAUUGCGAAACAAUACCAAGCUGCCAUCCGUGCCCAUAAAGCAGGCCGACCUGUCAAUUUUGACGAACUUCCAGCCCCUCCAGGCUUUCCUCCAAUCCCAGGCCAGAAGGCUGCUUCUCCAGAACAGGGAUUGGCUGCAGUGCUGGAAACAGCCAAUAAACUAACAUCUAAUGAAGCUGAUGCUGGUGAAGAGGACGAUGAAGAGGAGAAGGUUAAAGCUGCGAAAGUAGAUGACCAAAAGAAACCCACUCUUGCUGUACAGCCAACGGUACAGAAGCCCAAGAGGACCCCUUCACCUUCCCCAGACAGAACGUCUAAAAGAGGAAGUCUGCCUGACACUGCUCAGCAGCAGCUGGAGUUUCUGGAAGGCCGCAAAAAACAGUACAUGAAAGCAGCGCUGCAGGCAAAGCAAAAGAAUGACCUAGAGCAGGCUAAGACCUUUCUGCGCGCAGCAAAGGGUUUGGACCCCAUGAUAGAAGCCACCCGCAGCGGCAAGAUGGUGGACAUAAGCAAGGUGCCUUCACCACCAGGAGAUGAGGACGAGGACUUCAUCCUAGUCCAUCACAGUGAUGUUCAGAUCUCAGAGAAGGCUGAGGAGGUCUACAUUCAACUCACCAAACUACUCAAAGAGCAAUUUGAGAAAUGUGUGACGUACUCCAAGCAGUUCACACACAUGGGGAAUGUCACAGAAACAACCAAAUUCGAGAACAUGGCAGAACAAUGUAAGAAGAGUCUGGAGAUUCUUAAACUGGCGCAGAACAGGGGGCUCCAGCCUCCUAAACAUCACUUUGAGGAGAGAACAUAUCGCACUGUCAGGAUUUUCCCAGAGCUCAGUAGCACAGAUAUGGUUGUGGUCAUUGUUAGAGGGAUGAACCUUCCUGCUCCCCCUGGUGUUGCAACAAAUGACUUGGAUGCCUAUGUCAAGUUUGAUUUCCCAUACCCCAGUACAGAUCAACCUCAGAAACAUAAAACAUCAGUCAUCAAAAAUACCAACAACCCAGAAUAUAACCAGAACUUCAAACUGAACAUCAACCGGAACCACCGUGGCUUCAGGAGAGUUAUACAAUCUAAAGGCCUGAAGCUGGAAGUGCUGCACAAAGGUGGCUUCCUGAGAAGCGACAAGCCGGUAGGAACAGCCCAGCUCAAACUGGAGAAACUGGAAACUGAAAGCGAAGUGAGAGAGAUAGUGGAGCUCAUGGAUGGGCGGAAGGCCACAGGUGGUCGUCUGGAGGUGAGGGUGCGUCUCAGAGAGCCGUUGGGUGGGCAGGACCACCAGACUGUCACAGAACGAUGGCUAGUGUUAGAGGAGCCACAGGUACUGCUGUAACUGACACUGUGAUUUCAUCUUCACAAUGUCUUGAGGUCUCAGCGGUUUUAUCAGAGUGGAUGAAGGUAUGGACAAUGAAAUCUCAACGGUGCUGCUAGCCUCGGAUACGAACCACGUGAAGGAGAUCGUGAGGAACUUGCUCAGCAGAGAGACAGUCACUGACAGAGGGAGUUAGCUUUGUCUUUAUCAGGGUAAAAGCGGUUGGACCAGGAUGUAAGAGUUGGGGUGGUUAUUAAAAAUACAGGAGAUAUUAAUAAGAGGAGCGGGAAAAUGUGCACAGACUUGCGUGAGAUUGAUAUGCCUUUUAAACGGGCCUUUUGAGAUAGAUUGCCUCUUGAUUUUAUAAUAACGCUCACCCCAACUGUUACAUUAAUGCAUUGGCCCUUUUCUUUUUUUUUUAAACUGCUCUGGGAUGCACUUAUGCACUAAUGCCAAAGUAAUCACUGCUACUGCAGUAAGAUGAAUGACUUAAUCUGUUCUCUCUCAAACUAGGAACCUGUUCCUGCCAUAUCUCAAAUACUAAUGUAUGACUGCUAUGCAAAUGAGUUAUACACGAUUAGCUAUGCAAAAACGGUUUGCGUUUGAAUCCCAAACAUUUUGUCAGACAUUUCAAAACUUGUUUACAUCCUAUGUGAAUUUACUGCUUGAUUUAUUACAGAUAGGCCAUGUCAAAGUACUGCUGUUAAAUAUUAUAUUCCUUAUAAAUACUAUUAAAGCCAUAAACCAGCUUUUACUAAUUGAACCAGAUGUGAAUUAUUCAUUUAACAUUCUGGAUAGUGGAUUUUUUUUUUUUUUUUCUUUUUCUUGUGUUUGCUUCAGGAGGUAAAUGAGCAAGUGUGCCAUGUUUGGGAACGAUUGAAAAUUUCGAAUUUUUCCAGUAAAUUUAGGCUUCAGUAAGCUUUCCCAGCAUUUUGUUGAUGAUCAGGACUAGAACUGGUUCUGCAAUAGUCAUAUUCCGAUUUUCUGAACAGAAGUGCCAGUUUAGUUGACCUUACAAGUUAGCAAAAGUAGAUUUUAGAGCUGUUCUGCUUUUUGUACAUAUAUAUUAAACUUAAUAUAUGAGAGAAGUCUUUUAUCCCUUUUCUUGCACUUGACGGUUGUUCUGUACUAGGGUCGCUCCUAGUAGGCACUUUAGCCACAUAUAGCCAUUGUUUACAUUGCGGUCUAGUGCGCAGUUAAGUUCAGACACAUAAGAUGACACCUUUUGAUUAUAUUUGCCAUAGCAGUGACCUCAGAAAUAGCUUAAAGGAUUAGCUCACCCAAAAAUGAAAAUUUGCUGAACAUUUACUCAUCCUCAGGCCAUCAAAGAUGCAGAUGAGUUUGCUUCUUUAUCAGAACAGAUUCAGCAUUACAUCACUUACUACCAACGGAUCCUCUGCAGUGAAUGGGUGCCGUCAGAAUGAGAGUUCAAAUAGCUGAUAAAAACAUCAUGGUAAUCCACACAACUCCAGUCCAUCAGUUAAAGUCUUAUAAAAUCAAAAAGCUGCAUGUUUGUGAUAUUCAUUUUAACUUUUGACUCCAUAACCCGUAAUAAUGCUUCUUCCAGUGAAAAUGUCCAUCAUCUAUUGUCCUGUCACAUCAAAAUCCAGUUUGUUUUGGACUAUUUUCACUUGUAAAUGGUGGUGCUUGUUCUAUGCAUAUUCCUCUCCUGAUUCAGACAAGGCAACUUUUUCACUGGGUGAAGCAGUAUAUUAUGGAUAGAGACUCGGAUUUUAGCUGGAAGCAAUGGUUUGAAGUUAAAAAUGUCUUAUGAAUUAUGGAGUCAUGUGAAUUAUUUAUGGAUUAUUGUGAUGUUUGGAUUUUCAUUCUGACGGCACCCAUUCACUGAGAAUCCAUUGGUAAGCAAGUGGUGUAAUACUGAAUUUCUCCAAAUCUGUUCCAAUGUUCUUGGAUGGUAUAAGGUGAGUACAUUUUCAGCAAUUUUAAAUUUUUGGGUGCGCUAUUCCUUUUACUUUUGUGAGUCUAAAAAUACCUCAGUUUUGCCCCAUUUAUGUUUUGUGGUCUGUUGGAUUAUAACUUAUGAAGAACUGACUGACAUUUGGCUUUUAAGCACGGACAAUGUACAAUCUAGAUACAUCAGCCUAGUUCUUACUCUGUCCAUUCAUUUCAGUUACAGUUGUUCCCAUCUCAUGUGAAUUGUAUGAUUUGGCACAUUUUCCAGUCUCGGAUCGAGCUUUGUCCUGGUUUAAAUUGUACUGUGAGUGUUGGUUCUUCAUUAAAUGGUUUUUAAAUCCACCACAAAGCUUAUCCUGAAAAACGUGGGUCUCAAUUGUUUGUUUUUCUUUCUACUCUCUUUCCCUCAAGAGUCAGCCAUGUAAUUUAUUUUCAUUUUACACCAAGUUUAUUUAAACUGUUUUGUUAUUAAACGAGAAAAACAAAGAUCUGCAGUUCCUGACUUUUCUUGAUUAACUGGGCGAUUAUUUUACUUUUAACGGCGACUAUUAAUAUAAAAAAAAAGUUUCAUGUACAAAAAUGACAUUUUGUAUAUUCAACAGGUUUGAUAAAGACUGCUUUUAUUGACAUUUGUUGUGUACAAUAAAGAAAGGUUGUAUUUUU